AUGAAGGGCCAGGCCAAUGAUAGCAAGAGCUUCAAGAUGCCAUCUCUUCUCUCAAACACACUCGUCCUGCCAGGACACAUGCCUUCAAAAUCCACUAUCUUUGGUCCUCUAGCCGACAUAUCACCUACAAGUGUUUGCGGCCCACCAUCCAUGGCCCUGCCAAUCUUGACUGCACCCAAGUCUAGACCUGCGCGGGGCACCAAGCGGAAGCCUGCCAGUGCGUCUGUUCAGGCACGGCAUUCGGCAAAGAGGGCCAGACAUCCAAAGCAAAAAGGGAGUGUGUCGGAGCGACAAAAAGUCCUGCGAGAUGCGCAAACACGGUCGGAACAGUGCACAGAGUUUUGCACAAGGGACAAACACGUGCGACCACCGUCAUCAGCAUCGGGGGAAGCAGUCGCGGAGGAACCCACUGAGAAACUCACUCAGGAAGACAUAAUCAAGCUCUUACCUGGCUCUCAGCACGGCCACGCCACCGACAUCUUUAAAAGGGGGUUUUGGAGCACGGGUCUCGAGCAGAACUUGCGCUUGCACCGGUGGACAGCUUCCGACGAGGAGGCCCUUAUCAGGUCGUGUCCGACGGUCUCUGCCGCUGAGCUGUAUAUCUGGCGUGCCAUGCCGCGGCUGUUUGACUGCGAAUUGCCGGAUCUGUUUAGAUAUGGCCUUGGCAUCAGUUUCUACCCGGAGGUUGCACCGGUUAUCGUUAGCAGCAGCACCGAGCCGACUGCACCUAAUGUUUUCUCGGGCAUCGCUGCAUCACUCUUCCCCGACACCGCAAUAGAUGGCCACCCUGAGCCCCUCAUCGAGGAGUACUUCAAGGCCCUGGCGAGGAUCCUUCCCCACCCCGUCUGGCGCGGCGACCCGUCAAGGCUGCGCUACGGUCUGCAGCAUGCCGUUCGAGCACGCAUUGGCCCGACGCACGUAAAGCCACUCGUCCCGCCCUACUCCAAAACUACAAACAACUUUCCAGCGUUCGCAUGGGCGUGCUGUUCGGCGCCGGACACGUCGCCGUCUUAUACCCGAAAGGAGCGGGACCGGGAACUCGGGGUCUCCAUGCGGUGGAUGGCCAACAUGUACAUCGUCGCCGACCGAGAACUGAGCGACGUGGUCGACAACCUCCUCGACAUGUACAGCCACAACGAUCCCCACAACCCCGACAGCAGCCAGCGGCCAAAGGUCGACGUCCAGGGCACCGAUCCGAGAAACGUCCUCUUCGACCUCGAGCUCUGCGACCUGCAGGCCGUGUACCACGCGCUGGAGAACACGCCACAGACGAUCGACCGAGACCCCACCACGCACGAGGUCAUCGCGACGCAGCCGUACGCCGCGCCCUCACGCUUCUUUAUCAACGACCUCAAGACGGCGCCAGACAUCACCAAUGGCGAAUCCAGCGAGGUUCUGGUCAAGUGGGUGAGGAACCAGAAGCGAGAAUGGAUCCUGUCUCGUCGCAGGGAGGCCCUCAUCCGCCGGCGCAUGCAGAAGCAGUCUCCUUGGCACGAGGCCAAUAACGCCCACGACCAGCCGUACCUCCUCGACAUUCCACCGUUCGACCCGGACGGGAAAUACCAGACGUGGCCAGCCGUAACCAAGGGGCAACUGGCGGUUAUCCAGGGGCUGGUCACCAGGACUGUACACAGCUCGGCGGUGGACGAGACGAGGCAGUUCAACCCAUGA